AUGGUAAUGUCAUGGAUUACUAAUUCUAUUACUCUUGAAAUUGCAGAAAAUGUCUUAUUGAUAGAUUCAGCAAAACAAUUAUGGGAUGAGCUCCAUUCCUUCAUAGAAUCCCCUAAUAUCCAGGGAAGACGAAGACGAAAUUUCCAGGGGAAGACGAAGACGAAGAAGAAGAAUGCAGGGAACGAAGCAAACGAGAAAGACGACCGCAGUGAAGACGAAGAUGAAGACAACCUCAGCGAAUACGAAGAAGCGAUCCAGCUCAGUGAAGACGAGCUCAGUGAAGUGUCCAAAGUCCGAGAUAAAGUUCCGGCUGACAUGAGAGUUGCAGCUUUGAAAACAUCGACAUUGAGAUUGGAACAAAGCUCGUUAACCGGAGAAGCAAUGCCUGUUCUGAAAGGCACAAAUCCUAUUUUCAUGGAUGAUUGUGAAUUGCAGGCCAAAGAGAAUAUGGUAUUUGCUGGCACAACUGUUGUCAACGGAAGCUGUCUUUGCAUUGUUAUUACCACAGCAAUGAAAACUGAAAUCGGAAAGAUACAGAAACAAAUACACGAGGCUUCGUUGGAGGAGAGUGAUACUCCGUUGAAAAAGAAAUUGGACGAAUUUGGUAGCAGGCUAACAACUUCAAUCGGAAUAGUUUGUCUCGUUGUGUGGAUUAUAAACUACAAAAAUUUCAUUUCUUGGGAUAUUGUCGAUGGAUGGCCUUCGAACAUUCAAUUUUCGUUUCAGAAAUGCAUUUACUAUUUCAAAAUUGCUGUUGCUCUUGCUGUGGCUGCAAUACCAGAAGGUCUUCCAGCUGUUAUCACAACAUGUUUAGCGCUCGGUACAAGGAAAAUGGCGCAAAAGAAUGCGAUUGUGAGAAAGCUUCCAAGUGUUGAAACUUUGGGAUGCACCACUGUGAUUUGUUCCGAUAAAACUGGCACGCUGACUACAAAUCAAAUGUCUGUGAUGAAGUUCUUUACUUUAGGAGGGAAAACCACUGCUUCUAGAGUCCUUAGAGUUGAAGGGACAACUUAUGAUCCGAAAGACAGAGGCAUUGUUGAUUGGACUUGCUAUAACAUGGAUGUGAAUUUGUUAGCCAUGGCAGAAAUAUGUGCUGUUUGUAAUGAUGCUGGUGUUUAUUUCGACGGUCGCUUAUUUCGAGCCACGGGUUUGCCAACUGAAGCUGCUCUCAAAGUUUUGGUUGAAAAGAUGGGAUUUCCAGAUAUCAAGUCAAGGAACAAAACUCGCGACAUCCAAGGUUCAUCAAACAACACGAUGGAUUGCGACACCUUGAAGCUAGGAUGUAGUGAGUGGUGGAAUAGAAGAUCCAAACGGGUAGCUACGUUGGAGUUUGACCGUGUUAGGAAGUCGAUGAGCGUUAUUGUUCGCGAACCGGAUGGUCAAAAUCGGCUUCUUGUAAAGGGUGCUGUUGAGAGUUUAUUGGAGCGAAGUUCGUUUGUGCAACUUGCGGAUGGAUCUCUUGUUCCAAUAGAUGAUCAAUGUAGGGAACUACUUCUUCAAAGACUCCAUGAGAUGAGUUCAAAGGGGUUGCGCUGCUUGGGUUUGGCAUGUAAAGACGAGUUAGGAGAAUUUUCAGACUAUUACGCAGACACUCAUCCUGCACACAAGAAAUUGCUUGAUCCAACAUACUAUUCAUCCAUUGAAAGUGAUUUAGUUUUUGUCGGCGUUGUUGGUUUAAGAGACCCUCCUAGAGAGGAAGUUCAUAAAGCAAUUGAGGAUUGCAAGCAAGCUGGUAUUAGAGUUAUGGUAAUAACCGGAGAUAACAAGUCAACAGCAGAGGCUAUUUGUAAGGAAAUCGGACUUUUCUCUAGAGAUGAAGAUCUUACAGGUCAAAGUUUGACAGGUAAGGAGUUCAUGUCUCUCUCUCAUUCAGAACAAGUUAAAUUGCUGUUGAGAAAUGGAGGCAAGGUUUUCUCGCGAGCCGAGCCAAGACACAAGCAAGAAAUUGUGAGACUGUUGAAGGAAAUGGGAGAGAUUGUUGCAAUGACCGGAGAUGGCGUGAAUGAUGCACCUGCACUUAAGCUUGCUGACAUAGGGAUUGCUAUGGGAAUAACUGGAACUGAGGUUGCAAAAGAAGCUUCAGAUAUGGUGCUUGCAGAUGACAAUUUUAGUACUAUUGUUUCAGCUAUCGCUGAGGGUCGAGCUAUUUACAAUAACAUGAAAGCAUUUAUAAGGUACAUGAUAUCGUCAAAUGUCGGGGAAGUGAUAUCGAUAUUCUUGGCAGCAGCUUUAGGGAUCCCAGAAUGCAUGAUACCAGUACAACUUCUGUGGGUGAAUUUGGUCACUGAUGGUCCACCUGCAACAGCUCUUGGUUUCAACCCUGCUGAUGUUGAUAUCAUGCAGAAGCCACCACGAAAAAGCGAUGAUGCCCUUAUAAGUACUUGGGUUCUUUUUCGUUACCUAAUAAUUGGUUCCUAUGUCGGAAUCGCAACAGUUGGCAUUUUUGUCUUGUGGUACACUCAAGCAUCUCUUUUUGGCAUCAAUCUUGUCAGUGAUGGACACACAAUUAUAGAAUUGUCACAGCUUCUCAACUGGAGGGAAUGUCCUUCAUGGUCUAAUUUCACCGUUUCUUCAUUUGACACAAUUAUAGCAAAGUUGAGUUGGUUUAAAAGACCCAUAACAGGUGAAGGAAUAUCUAGUGACAAACCAAUUACCCUACCAGAAAAUGAAGACAUACCCACUUCAAAAUGAGGGACUGAUUAUUAU